AUGCUCGCCAAGAACUUCCUGUUGCUGGCCUCCCUGGCUCUCGUCUCCGCCGCCCCGGCCAAGAGACAAGCCGGCUGCGUCUCCAAACCCACGGCUCCGACCCUCCCCGUCAACGGCAAUGGCGUCGAACUACCCGCCCCGGCAGCAGACCUGGUCCUCAAGCACAUCGCCCUGGGCCACGGCAUCCAGAACUACACCUGCACCUCCGUCAACGCAACCGCCAUCACCGCAACAGCAACCGGCGCCCUCGCAGGCCUCUACGACGCUCAACCCCUCUACCCCGCCACCGGUCCCGCCUCCCUCGCCUCCGUCGACAUCUUCAACGGCCUCACCACAAACGCAGUCUGGUCCACCCCCCUCCCCCUAACCUCCGACGGCACCACCAAAUUCGGCGCCUCCGCCACCUCGCCCUUCCCGGCCAAAGCGGACCUCGUCAUGCCCGGCAUCGCGCCCAUGAAGCAGCUCGGCGUCCACUUCUUCGACAACACGGGCGUGCCCACCUUCCAGGUCGGCGAGGAUCUCUUCAGGGGCGCAAAGCUCAACGGCACAAAGGCCCCGGCCUCCGCUGACGUCGGCCCGGAGAAGACCGGCUCCGUCGACUGGCUUUUGCUCGGUGACAAGGGCGGCAGCAAGGGUGUCACUGCCGUCUACCGCGUCGUCACGGCCGGCGGUGUCGCGCACCAGUGUACCACCCCCGGCGCCACCGACAGCGUUCCGUACGCGGCGUACUACUGGUUCUACGGCCCCAAGGCAUGAAGAUAGAAUCUUGGAUCUCUCACUGGGAUGACUCUGCGGUAUGAGUCUGGCGUUUAAAAAUUAAAUUGGGGCACAACGGCGUUCAACGGUUCUCGGAUACCGAGGUUCCUCCUUUUUUACAAAACUCGGAAUAACUUUUCUUCUUCAUCAUUCACUCACCAAAAUAUUUGGAUUAUAUACCCCCGGCACGGACGGAUCACGGGUUCGGGCUCACUUGAGACAUAAUGUGGCUAUUUUCUCACUCGAGGAGAGAAAGCAUCGCAGAUAGAUGUUGGGGCUUCACAUGCUGUCGCUGUCACUCUCCGUUUCUAUUUCAAUUGUAUCUACUUUGGCGUUCGACGGUACAUAGGCUCCUGGACAAACAAACUACUUAUUUACAUG